AUGCCUACCACUAAAGAACACAAGAUAGAAGACUCAAUCGAGGCUUCCAAUGAUCCUCAGGCACUGCUACGUGCCCGUUUAGCAGACAUAGUGCUUUUGAGCCGCUCCGGUGUACCCACCGGCGCGUUAGCGCGACUUCAAGAGUCUCCCCAAGCACGAACAGCGCUGUUCGAGCUGAUAGCUGCGGCAAAUCACCAAAUUCCAGAAUCUGAGACUAUUGGCCACGGUUUGAGACUUCUACGUGAAGUGCUGGUAAGUGUUUACGCUCGUGAUGGCAACAGGUCCAACUCCCACUUCAUCACCUUUUGCAUUGACGUCUUCUUGCUAUCGCUAAAAUACCACAUAUCCAAUAAACAGCCUACUCGAGUCGCGCCAAUACUCAUCUUUGUCGCUACACAUCAAGAGCUUGCGACCGAUCCGCGCUGUGUCGAGAUUCUCGCCUGUUACGUGCUCUACAUUUCUCACAUGGACAACGACGUCGCGAAAAGCGUGGAAAUUUGUAUUCAGUUCCUGCAUGACUCCAAGCUAAAAGACACCUGUCUACGCUUGUCACUGAUUUACUGUGCCCGCACCGAGCCUCUCGCUAAUUGGUUCGAAAUUGUCGCUGCUACCCCGGAAUCUUCGCUGCUGCGACAAUUUAUAGAGGCACUGCCGGCAUUCGAACAUGUAAAGUCCAAGUACCUCGCAGAGCUCAGCCGCUGCUACAAUCAGAUAUCACUUGCGUUUCUGUCAGGCAAAUAUUUUCACGGACUGUUCCAGGAUUUGGAAACUGUCGUCGCGACGUUGGGGAUCUUACAAGAGUCCAAAACCCACGGUAAAACCGUUAAAUUCAAGAGAGCAGUGUCCACAACAAGAUGA